CUGACACAUGGACACAGGGUCCUGAGAGGGACCAGCCCUCUUCCCUUCUCUCCCCACCCAGCACCACCUGCCCCCCCUUUUCUCAUUUCAGCGUCUCCUUUGCCCUGGGCCAGAACUGCCUGAGGGACCCAGGGUCAACCCUCCACCCUUUAACAAGCCUAAGAGCUGCUUAGCCUAAUCCCAGAUUCAGCUCUUGCCUCACAGCCAGCAUGGAUAAGGACUUACAAGACAUCCAGCAGCUGGAUCCCGAGGAAAGCAACCACGAGAUUGAUGGAGGGGAACUGCCAAGCACUCCUGAGCGCCAUGCUAGAAGACCACCCCCAGCCUGGAAAGGAAUGUUUCCACCCCAGCCCCCACUGUGUCAGCGCCUCUGCUCAAGUCAGAGCCUCAGUCUGCUCAUCCUGGGCUUCAACGUUGUCCUGCUGGUGGCCAUCUGCGUGAUCGCAUCCCGAAGAGCCCAGCUGCAAAUGGAGUUGUGGACCCUGAAAGAAAAGUUUGGCAACUUCUCCUCCAGUACCCUGAUGGAGAUGGAGUCUCUAAGCUUCCAUAGAGGCAGCACAGGAAACAAGGUGACAUCUCUGGAAACCAAGUUGGAGAAACUACUGAAGGAGUUGAAAGCAGACCACAGUACUUUGCUUGACCAUCUGAAGCAUUUUCCAGUUGAUCUGCGCACCCUGACUUGUCAGAUGAAAUUCUUCCGGAGCAACGGCACAGAAUGCUGCCCAGUUAACUGGAUAGAACAUGAAGGCAGUUGUUACUGGUUCUCUCACACUGGGAGCACCUGGUCUGAGGCUGAGAACUACUGCCAGCUGGAGAAAGCCCAUCUGGUGGUAAUUAACUCCAAAGACGAGCAGGACUUUAUUGUACAACACACAAAUUCCUUCAAUAACUGGAUAGGUCUUACUGAGAGAGAUGGCUUCUGGAAAUGGGUGGAUGGCACAGACUUGAAAUACAAGAACAUGGUUCUACAUCGGCUAGAUGACUGGAGAGGGCGUGAGGUGGAUUCUUCACGUGAGAGCUGUUUUGAAAUUCAACGGAAUGGCUUUUGGAAUCGUGAUUUAUGCCUGCAGACACAUCGCUGGGUGUGUGAGAUGAAGUCUAAUGUUACCAGCUAGGAGCCCUGACCUCCAGUAGGCAUGAUCCAACAUGAGUCUCAUCCCGAACUGAUCCCAAAUUUUCUAUUGGUAAUUUAGAAGAAAGAAAGUGGAAUAGAAUGAGAAGCAGGGAGAAGGUCUGAUAAAAGAGAGAAUGGAAUGGUUUAAGAAUCUCAGACCCUUGCAUGUUGAGAUCCCAUUUCUUUUUGCUAUUCAUUGCAACUGUUUUCAUUUUCAAUCUUUUCACUGGAACAGAAAGAGAAGAAACAAACACUUUUGUGUGGACUGGUUUUUGGGAA